CCCAGUGGAGCCUUUCUAGUGAGGAAAAAAGCAGAGAUUGAGAAACAGAAUAAAGAGUUGUGUGAUAAGAACAAGAUGAUAGACGUUUUGAGAAGGAAGCGUCAGAAGCUCUUGAGACGGGACAUGGGAGUUGAAGUGACCCUAGAUGAGAACACAAUGAACCCCUACCUGAUGGUGUCAGAAGAUGGCAGAUCAGUGAGGUGGACAGAGCAGCGCCAGAAUCUCACAGACACCCAAGAGCCGUUUGAUGAAUACCCCUGUGUGCUGGGCAAAGGGUUACCAGCAGAGAUGAGAUGGGGGUGUUACUGGGAGGUGGAGGUUGGAAACAAGAAGUCCUGGGAGCUGGGAGUGGCCCGAGACUCAGUGUGCAGGAAGGGGCAACUGGGUUUUAGCCCUGGAGCUGGGUUUUGGGUCCUCAGUCUUUGGGAUGGGAAGCUGAUGGCCCUGUCUGACCCAGAGACCCCACUGGACACAAACAUUCUCACAAGAGUGGGGAUUUGUAUAGACUAUGAGGAGAAGAAGGUCUCCUUCUACAACACUGACGAUGGCUCAGACAUCUAUACUUUUGAAGAAAAAAUAGACAGGAGUGUUCGCCCGUUCUUCUCCCCUGGCAAUAAUGAUAACAUUCCCCUUUGCAUUAUACAGUUUUCAAGGAAAUGAAUCUACUGCAGGGAAAAUGAAUACACCAUCUUCCCUUGGAAUAUGCCCUCCAGAAUUAUCCACACUCGUGGUGAAAGAGAUAGAUAUACUGUAAUAGAAUAAGUUAUUUUCAUCCAGAUUGCAAUAUGUGUUUAAAAUACUUCUAUAUUGGAUAUAGUUAUAACACGAUUUCAAGAAAAGUCA